AUGUGGAUAAGAGACUUCUCGUCAAUAACCUUUACGGCGGCUCAUGCACUGGUGGGUGAGUUUCAGUCACGUCAAUUGAAACGGUUUGUUAUCAGCCGCGUCGUCAGAUGGAAUCUCAAUCGGGGCCAAAAUAUUUCGUUGUCAAGGAUUUUCGGUCCGCUGCUUAGCCCGGGACUGCAAUUAGCAUCAGAAGCCGAUUAUGAUGUACGGGCCUGCGGCUUACAGUUUCUUUCCACCUCUGCCAAAAACGCUGAACUGGAAAGUGUCAAUUUCAAGAAUGUAUAG